CGAUAAAGUUAAUUAAAGACUCUAUCAGCUUCGUGUACAAAAACAUGAGAUCAUGAUCCCUGUUGUUUAUCAAUAAUCCCACAUUAGCACAUGUACAGGUGCAAUCAACCAUAUGUUGUUGUAUUUGCAAUAUGCUUAUAAAUCUGUGUGUGGUUUGUUUGCUCAGCUUGCUUAAUGUUCAGACACCGAUUAGCUAAAUUACACUCUUUACUGGAUGUAGUAUUUUAAUUGUAUGAUGCUUUAAUGUGCUGGCAGAUGGAACCAGCUGGAUCUAGCCAUAGUCCUGCUCUCUAUCAUGGGCAUCACACUUGAGGAGAUCAAGAUCACUGCAGCGCUGCCAAUCAACCCCACCAUCAUCCGCAUUAUGAGGGUGCUGAGAAUAGCUAGAGUACUGAAGCUUUUGAAGAUGGCUACAGGCAUGAGAGCCCUGCUGGACACAGUAAUGCAAGCUUUACCACAGGUGGGAAAUCUGGGCUUGCUGUUUAUGCUCCUCUUCUUCAUUUACGCGGCACUUGGCGUGGAGAUUUUUGGGAAACUAGCUCAGUGCUGCAAUCCUGCUCACUGUUCAUACUGAGCUCUCCAUUUCACAGUUUUAGCGGCUUUGCUCUACCUUAGCUGCCACUCUCAUUUUUAGGUCAGAAAUGCUUCAAUUUGGUCCCCAUGGGCAUGCUUCUCUCACAGAGCUCUUUUUAGUCUACAGUACUGUCAUAUUGGAAGAAGAACCUAAAUUAGCGCUGUUGAUCUUUGGAGCUUGCUCCUGCAAUGGUAGCAUAUUUAUGAGAUAGCCUCUAGGCUCAAAGAGACAUUUCUAUGCUACUUAUAUCCCCUAUCACUCUAAUUACUUUCGUUAGCCUUCAACUUUAAAAUCAUUGCUAAUUAUUGUGUCAGACGUGUCUGGGGGUAACGGCUCAUUUGCUUCUUUAAUGAUAAUACCGAGGACUCUGUCAGGUUAUCUUCACUUUUAGCAACACAUUCAGUGAUAAUCUGGGAGUCUAGCUGUGCUUUUUGUGUGUAAGAUGUUUAAAAGUACUUGACGCUUGUUAAACUAUUGACUACCAAUAUUUUCAUCUAGAAUGCACUGACGAAAACCCAUGUGAAGGAUUAAGUCGACAUGCUACGUUUGAGAACUUUGGAAUGG